AUGACUGCAGACCUGGGCGGCCUCGCCUGCGGGCCACACGGGAGCGCCCGCAGCCCGAGCUCGCCCUACACUGUGGAGAUGCCCUACAGCUUCCACUUGGACCUGGACUUCCUCAAGUACGUGGAGGAGCUGGAGCGCGGUCCUGCCUCCCGCCGAGCCCCAGGACCCUCAUCUGCGCGCCGUCCCCGCACGCUGCGGCCGGGCCUCCAGGGGGUGCGCCCAGGCGCCUGGACAUCCAGCGAGUCCCUGGCCAGUGAUGAUGGAGGAGCUUUGGGCGCACUCUCUCCCCGAGCGUCUCCGGGUCUCUUGUUGCCGCCGCUGUCGCCGCGCUCACUCGUGCGUAACCGUCGGGUUGAGCACACUCUCCUGGAGACCAGCCGGCGACUGGAGCAGGCACAGGAACAGGCAUGCGAGCUCGCGCUCAGCUCUUGCCGCGCGGCUCGGCGCAGUCCGCGUGGGUCUGGCCGCAGUAGUCCUACCCCCAGCCCCGCCCCCAACCCCGCCCUUGCCUCUCCUGGCCCUGUGCAACUGCAGCUGGUGCGCGAGCAGAUGGCCUUGGCACUGCGGCGCUUGCGCGAGCUUGAGGAUCAGGCGCGCGCGUUGCCCGAGCUGCAAGAGCAGGUGCGCGCGCUGCAUGCAGAGAAGGAGCAGCUACUGGCUGGGCGCGCGCAACCAGAGCCAGACGGGGAAGCUGAGCUGCACCCGGACAAGCUCGCCCAGCUGCGGCGGCUCACUGAACACCUGGCCACCUCCGAGCGAGGCGUCCGCUCUAGGGCCAGCCUUCGGGCUGAUGGCCCCGACAGCUUGGCUGCAAGGUGCAGCGAGGGCGCGAUACAAAUCCUAGACGGGGCGGCUGCAACCCUUGAUGGGGCGCCUCAGACCCAGGAGAUGGGCAACGAUGCUGUGCCCGAGACCCGAGAGGCGGGUACCCAGGCAGUGCCGGAGAUCCGGGAGGCCAGCGUGGAAGUGGUCCCCAAGACCGUUGAGGCGGACGCGUGGGUGACCAAGGCGCUGCUGGGGCUGCCCGAGGCCGCAGAGCGCGAGCUGGAGCUGCUGUGCGCCAGCCUGGAACACCAGCAAGGGGUGAGAGAACUCCUGCGGAGCCGAUUGCAGGAGUUGGAAGAGGCCCUCAAGGCUGCGGAGAAUAAAGCGAUGGCGGCCAGGUCCCCAUCAUGCGAGGCCGCCACCCAGACUCCGUGGGUUUGUGCGGAGAAGACUACGCAGACCGACGCCCCAGCAGAGACCCCCUUCCUUACUCUGGAGACCCCAUCUGUAUCCACCGCUGGAGACCAGGCCAUGGCCCCUGCAGGCAUCCUCAAGUCCAUUAUGAAGAAGAAAGAUGGUACACCUGGUGCCCAGCCUAGCCCGGGACCCAAGAGCCUGCAGUUUGUUGGGGUCCUCAACGGAGAGUAUGAGAGCUCGUCCAGCGAGGAUGCCAGCGACAGCAACAGUGAUGACGGCGCCGCCGAAGCCCAGAGUAGCUCUUCCAGCUCUGGGGACGACUGCAGCGGGAAAUCCGACUCCAGCACCCCUGGGCUUCCCAACGAUGAGGACACCCGAGAUUCCAAGCCUGAGGCGGAGUCAGAACCUCAGCUGGCCACACAGGGGAGGUGUGAGCUGAGUCCGUGUUUGAGAGAGGCGUGUAUUGUGCUGCACUGGCAGCUGAGCCGGCCCGAGGAGUCACCCGCGACGGCUUGCCAAGCGCAGCGUCUUGUGGGCCAGGAAUGGUUUCGAGUGUCCAGUCAGUGGCGCUCUCAGGCUGAGUCCAUGGCUGGGGUGCUGCGAGGUGUGACACGCAUGGGAACUGAGCUGCUGGCGUACGUGGUCAACCUGGCCGAUGGCAAUGGGAACAAAGCCCUGCACUACAGUGUAUCCCAUGGGAACUUGGCUAUCUCAAACCUGCUGCUGGAUACGGCCCCAGAGCAGCCAGAGAAUGACCACAAAAAGAAAACUCCACAUGGUGUCACCUCCAGAAACCUCAUCCUAUGA